UGAGGAAGCGCAGGUAGACAGUCUGCAAAACUUUGGCGGUUCCGACCGAGCCUUUUUUUGUUCCAGAAAAGUAAACAAAAACUGAUGCUGCAGACCCUACAGUUAGAAGCUUAAGGAAGGAAGACUGAAACCGGAAAAGCUGGAUGAAGCCUGUAAUUAUUGUCCAGGGAGAGCGUAUUUCAGUCCGUGGUGGUCACACGAGUGUCUUUUGUUUACCCUGUUCAUAUUUGUUAAAAAACUGACAAUAUUUCGUCAAUAUUUACUUAAAUAACCAAAAACAUUAAUGAGCCCUGAUUAGCGCGCGCUCUCUGAGAAAACUUCUGUGGUCGCGUGAGGUGGUGGAUCCAUACUGGGAUGGAUUUGUUUGUGCAGGAAGAGCCAACAACACCGGAAGAGUUGAAAUACACACAGUCAUUAGUUUACUUUAGAUAGAGAAAUGGGCGAUAAUGACGCCGAAGAGCAAGACUCUUUUCCCGUGCAGACGGACGAAGAAGCUGGUAACCGAGACAAUCCGCGCAGAAGAGUUCGGAGGGUCGAGAAGUUUCAUAAGAAUGUUUCUAAAUGGAUGCUUCCCGAGGAAUUACAUGAGACUUAUCUGGAGCGGGCUAACUGCUGUCCGCCGCCGAUCUUCAUCAUCCUCAUCAGUUUAGCAGAGCUGGCCGUGUUUAUCUACUACGCUGUAUGGAAGCCUCAAAAGCAGUGGAUAACUCUAGGAACUGGGAUCUGGGAUAGUCCUCUAACCUAUAGGCCAGAACUACGCAAGGAGGCUUGGCGCUUUGUUUCCUACAUGUUUGUACAUGCCGGGGUGGAGCAUAUCAUUGGAAACCUAUUAAUGCAGCUUCUUUUGGGUAUUCCUCUGGAACUGGUCCAUAAAGGCUUUGAAGUUGGCAUGGUGUAUAUGUCUGGGGUCCUCGCAGGGUCUCUGGCCAGCUCCAUCUUUGAUCCUUUCAGUGCUCUUGUGGGAGCUUCCGGCGGUGUUUAUGCCCUUAUGGGUGGUUACUUCAUGAAUGCCAUUGUGAAUUUCCGGGAGAUGAGAGUUCUUCUAGGAGUGUUUCGCAUCCUAGUGAUUGUUCUGAUUGUUGGAACAGAUGUUGGAUUUGCUCUUUAUAGAAGGUUCAUUGUCCACGAGGCUGGCCUGAAGGUCUCUUUUGUGGCCCAUAUUGGCGGUGGUAUAGCAGGCAUGACCAUUGGUUAUGUGUUUUUCACCAACUACAAUAAAGAGCUUCUAAAAGACCCACGCUUCUGGAUGUGCAUUGUGGGAUACAUCGUCUUCUUACUGUUUGCAGUCAUUUUCAACAUCUUCUUGUCCCCAGCACCAGCGUGAGGUCAUCAAUGGACAGUAUAAGCUUUUUUUUUUUAUUUUUAUAAAAGAAUCAGGUCAACACAACUGUCAGACAAUCCUGUUGGUAUUUAUAAACUCAUAAAGGGUUAGUUAAACUUAAAAUCAAAACUCUAUUGACCCAUAUUGUUCCCUCAGGUAAAAAGCACAUCUUUGAAACACAAACAAAGAUUUUUUUUUUGUCAAAUCUUAGUUUUUUUUCUUCCAUUCAGAGUCCGUUUACCCUACACCUUUGACUAUGAAAGGAUCAGAAUCCAUAUAAAUAAAGGUUCACAUUUUAUGACUGAAUAGAUUUAAUUUUGGUUUACAUUUCAGAAAUAUGGAUUUUGGAAAUCUGUAGGCUUUCAUUAAAAGUAUCUUCAUUUGUGUUUUGAAUUUACAAUUUACACUGAACUAACCCUUUAGGAAAAAUGCUAACACACUACAAGCACAUCUAAAGAAAGUAACUGUCAUAUAUUGGAUAUUUUUUUUAUGUAAUUGUUUUAAAAAUGUCAUGUAAUUUAAAUGUUUUUUUUUUAAGUUUUGUAUUGUUUUGCUUAACACAUGUCUACAAGUAAUUGCCUCAGGGGAAAAAAAGUAUAUAUUUUUUAAUUGUUUGGGUUUUACAAAAUCAGCUUGGUUUAUUUGAAUUCAGUUAAUUUGUGGGGAGAUAAAUGUAUAUAUAGUUCACCAAAAAAUGUAAAUUCUAUCAUCAUAUACUUACCCUUGUUACAAACAUUUUGAGUUUCAUUCUUCUGUUAAACACAAAACAAGACAUUGUGAAGUGUUGAAAACCAGUAACCAUUGACUUUCAAAGUCAUGAAGUCAUCUUCAUUUGUGUUUUAGAGAACUCAUUUGUAUUUAAAAUAACUCAUAAAGCUAAGAAAAAAACACUUGAGGGUGAUGAAUUUGUUGAGUAAAUUUAGAUUUGUGGGUGAACUAUCCCUUAAAAAAAGCUGGAGGUGUCAUUUUGAUACCAAUAGAGGGCAGCAUUGAUCAGCAUGUGGGCAGAGGAAGUCACUGACCUAUAAUCAGUUGAAAAUUGUUAAAUCAGUGCUAAUGACAUGCAUCUGUAUUUACCCUACGUGUUUAUUUCUAAUUGUCAUAUCAUUUAUUUUCAGAAAUGGGUUUGGGACGGGAAUGUUUUGGCCAUAUGGAAAAUUGUCUUUUUUUAAAUUAAAUUAAAUAAUAGUGUGUAAAUGCUUUAAAACCAAAGUGUCCAUAUUGAUUUAAUCAUUAAUUCUAUUCACUUGUUUUAGAUAUAGCUGUUUUAUGCAUUCAUGUGUGAGGAAAUUGCUGUGCUCUGCAGAAGGUGAAGUGAGGAAACUAUAGGAAAUUAUCCAACAACAAACAUUGUCCUCUGUUGCUCUGUUCUAAUUAGCCAAGGUUAGUUCCCCCCAAACAGACCAUUGAUCACCAGCCAAUACAGAUACAGUGUUCUUGCCAGUCUAAACAGAACAUAAAGGUAUUUUCAGUUCACACACAGACAAAAAUAUUUUAUAACAAAGCUUUGUGGGAUAUGAUAUUCGUGUUCUCUGAGGUUUUUCAUAAUUAAGUAGUAGAAUCCUAUAUCAGAAUCCUAUAACAAACUAACCGCAACACUGAUUAUUCAAGCAUCUUUCAUGAAGUUAUCUUAUUAUAGUUCUUAACUACGUUUAAAAGUUUAUUACCCCAUUUUUAAAACAAUAGCUACUGGUCAGGAACAUUCCUAAAACAUCUUUUGUGAAAAUGACAUUGUGUGUGCGUAACCAAAAAGAUACAUUUGUUGACUUUUGGUCCAAACGGAUUGAGUACAUUACUCCCAUUGAAUCUAAUAUCUUUUUGCUACAGAACUUUAAGAUUUAUUUUACUGUAAAUAUUCCUUCCACAUCCCCUUUGCUGUAAAUUUAAGAAAAUUAGGGAAUUUAAACUACAAAAGCUGUAAAAGUGGCAAAUGUCUACUGAUGUUAAGAAUUGUUCUCAAAUCUU